AUGUCAACAUCCAAAAAACGCAAGUUAUCCGCAAACCUUUCUUCUACACUUUUGUCGUCUCCGCAUUCGCCUGCCAGGAAGCCUAGACAUUCCACUGGGCAUGCACCGAAUUGCGAGGAUUCCUUGUGCGAGGGCUGUGAUGUCGGUGAGAUAGAAGUCAGCUUCGCUCUAACUGAUGGCACUACACCACCGGGCCCAAGCGAUUUGUUUAGAAUGGCGGUAAAAGAGUCUGAGAAAGAGAAUCCCGAAGAGCAUGGUGGGGGCAUUGUGAAGAAAUUGUAUGACAUGGCUAUAGGAGAAUUUGAUCGUGCAUUAGGAGAACAAGAGGAAAUUAGGAGGAAGAUUGGAAAAGAGGAGGAUUUAAAGGGAGAAACAAGUGACAAGAGCAAAUUAGUCAAGGGAAAAGAAAAGGGAAGAGAAGAAGAAUACGGGAGUUACACAUCACUUUUACGUGAUUAUGCAAUGUGCUGUCUUUCAUUUGGGAAGUAUAUGCCCCUCAUUUCUUACAUCAAGAAAAGUAUCGAAUUGUUUGAGAAAGUCAUUGACGAGAAUAACGACGACGGUGAAGCAUGGAUAGGACUUGCAAGAGCUAGGAUUGCCUUGGCGCGUAUGAAUUUGCCAUCGCCCGGAGACGAAGAAGGAGAAUCGGAUAAAGAAGAGAAUUUUAGUCAGAGUCAGAAGGAAUUUUUAAAUGGAAAAGAGGCCUAUGAACGUGGACUCUCUCUCUUUAGAUCGACGGACAUGUCGCGAUAUAUAUCCGAGUCUAUCUUGGCUGCCAAAGAUUAUUAUGAAUACGGAGUUUCCUGUCAACCUCAUGCUUAUGGCUCUGAAGUAUUUGAAUUAUCGUUGGAAUAUUUGGAAUCUGCGACAAGAGCUCAAACCUUGGGAAAUCCUGAAGAACAGGAUCCAUUUAUUGCCGGCUUAAAGGGGUCUUGUCUGUAUUAUUCGGCCAUGAGUAAAAGUGCAGAUGCAGCAGAAGAAGUAAAGUCAUUUUUGACGGAAUCGAUCAAGAAUCUUAAAUUUGCAAAUGAUCACAGUGAGGAUAGUUACGCUGAGUUGCUUGGCCAAGUUUAUAUUCUGCAAUCGACACUUGCCGGCAACGAGAAUACGACGAUGGAAGCUUUCGAACUGGGUAUUGAAUAUUUAAAAAAGGCAUUCGAGAAGAAUCCAGGUAAUAAAACAAGGGAAGUAAAUUUUUAUCCGGAUAUGGGUUUAACCUGA